AUCCAGCUCUUUCUACUAAAUUUACCAUCCCCUUUCCCUCCAAUUUAUAGUAAACUCCAUCACUUCCCUCCACAUGCACACUCUCCCAAAUUACACACUUCAUUCUGCAAUAAACCCCCACGUUCUUCUGACAAUCCCUCUAAUUUGCUUCACGCAAGCUGUUUCUAUUUCUCAAUUUAAUUCUAUUCGUACGCAAGUUUUAUUGUUCGUGGUAUGAGUAUUUAUUAACACAAUCUACCGCUCUUUUUCUUUCUCUACAAGCCACCACCACCAAAACACACACACACACACUAUACACACAAUGUCUGUGACGAAACGACAUCCCACGAGCUCACAGUCCGAUCUCAAGAACCGAGUCAUUACUUGCAUCAACAAGCUCUCCGAUCGAGACACGCUCGCCGUGGCAACUACCGAGUUGGAGUCCAUCGCUAAAUCACUGAGUCAUGACUCGUUCUCUCCGUUUCUCAACUGCCUCUCCACCACCGACUCUUCCGAGAAAUCUCCGGUUCGUAAACAAUGUGUACGCCUUUUAGGUCUUCUGUCGACUUCGCACGGCGACAAUCUCUCUCCGCAUCUCUCCAAGAUGCUGGCUGCCGUUGUACGCCGUCUCCGCGACUCUGACUCCGCCGUGCGCGUCGCCUGCGUCGCCGCUGUUUCUGCUAUGGCUUCGGAGAUCACUAAACCGCCGUUUUCGUCGCUCUCGAAACCGCUAAUUGACGCGAUUUUGCACGAGCAGGACUCUAAUUUGCAAACUGGUUCGGCGUUGUGUUUAGCGGCGGCGAUUGAGGCGGCGCCGGAUCCUGAGCCGCUUCAGUUGCAGAAGUUGCUGCCGAAGCUGUUGAAAUUGAGUAAGAGUGAUGGUUUUAGAGCCAAAGCUGCGCUUCUGUCGGUGAUUGGGAGUGUUGUGAGUGCUGGCGGUGCGCAAAGUUCGGGCGUGUUGAAGUGCUUGAUUCAGUGUUUGGUUGAAUUUUUGAGUAGUGAGGAUUGGGCGGUGAGGAAGGCAGCUGCGGAGGCCUUGUUGAAAUUGGCUAUGACUGAGAAGUGUUGUUUGCUUGAGUAUAAGUCUUCUUGUUUAACUUCUUUGGAGAGUCGAAGAUUCGAUAAGGUGAAGGUGGUUCGUGACACAAUGAAUCAGGCAUGGGAGUCGUGGAAGACGAUCAGCAGUGAAGAGGAUUUAUUGUCGCCACAACUGUCUAGAGGGAACUGCAGUGAAUUAAACUCAUCUCCUGUUAGCGAAGGCCCUCGCCAGAUCGAAAUUGAAACUCACAAAGCAAAGAAAAUCAUCCCCAGAAACCAGUUGCCACCAUCUGAUGUUACCCUGAAGCCUAUUGCUUCAAAGACUAGCCAGAGCAAACCAAAACUGCAAUUCAAGAAAACCUCGGAUCAUAAAACUGAAAUUGCUGAACCCCAGCAAACCAAUUUGAAAGUGGUUUCUGGAGAUGAAUCAAGGAUAAUUGACACUACAUCUCCGGGUUCGGUAGAUGAUGGAUGCUGCAGGAUUGUAAAGCAGGACGCAAAACGAGUCCUCUUUAGAAAAAGCCAUGUUGAGAAAUCUCAUAAAGUUGGUAGUUUGAGAUCCAUGUCUCGUGUAGUUCCGUGCAUUGAGAAUGAAACUUUUGAGCCUAAUGGAUUUGAUGAAUUUGCUUACGAAGAUAGUUAUAAAAACCACAAAGAGGCGGAGAAUCUAUCCCUGAUCCAAGAACAGCUUUUGCAUAUUGAAAAUCAACAAUCCAGUCUUUUUGCCCUUCUCCAGAGGUACAUUGGCAGUUCUCAAAGCGGAAUGAACUCUUUAGAGACACGUGUAAGUGGCCUGGAGAUGGCACUGGAUGAAAUAUCUCAAAAUAUAGCAGUAUCAAGUGGAAAUGUAUCAGACACGGACUCUGCAGGAAACACUUGUUGCAUGCUGCCCCGUGCAGAAUUUUUGAGUCCAAAGUUUUGGAGGAAAACGGAAGGGCAAUAUUCGUCUUCCAGAGUAUCUUUCUCCGGAAGAAAGCAAUUACCAUAUGUUGUAUCCGACUUGCCAAAUAAAGAUGCUGAUGCCGAAAAAGUUAAACAAGAUAAUUCCAGGAAUCAGCAGCAGAACAGAAAUAAUUAUCCCAGGCCUAGUAGAAUUCCAAGAAAUAUAAUAGUUUCUGGUUGUGGUGAGCUUGAUGGGGGCUCAGUUGAAAAUUUUGCACGGUAUUAAAACUAGAAUUAUUAUAUACAUCAGAUCUGGGUUGAAGUUGUGUUAGGGGUGGCAAUUUCGGGUAACGGGUCGUGUUCGUGUUAGCAAUCGGGUCGAUUUCGGGUCAAGCUAAAAUCACUUAAAAUUGAAUAAAACUGAAAAUUGAAGUUACUAGAAAUGAAAUUCUGAUUUCGGGUCAUUUCGGGUCCAUUUCGGGUCGAUCGGGUGAUUUUCGGGUCACUUUCGGGUUUCUGUCUCAGUAAAUCGGGUUUCGGGUUGGGUCGGGUUCGUGUCGGGUUUCGGGUCGUGUCUGAGAUUGCCACCCCUAAGUUGUGUAUCAGCCUCGGCAGGGAGAGUAGUAAAAUGAUGUUAUGUCACAUGUAAAACUACAAGGAGGAGCUCGAUGCUUAUGGUGUUUGAUUAAGAUCUUGAUGCAAGAACUAAGCCACUUAUUAUGCAUUCUGGCACUCACAGAGUCGCAGGCUUUUUUUUCCUGAGGACAUAGGUGGUUUGUGAUUUGUAUGGAACGGUCUUGUAUAGUUUUCUUAGUCAUUUCUCUGUUACUCUGUACAUGUUUCAAGUUUUCCCUCUAUAGUUGAGACAGGGUGGCAUUGGAAAUCCAUGUAGUGGCGUCCCGAGCAAAAGAACUGUAUCAACUAGUCUGGUAGUAUCAAAACAAACUUAAUUACUACUACUAGAUGGCAGAGUCUAGAGUGGUAGGUUGAUAGUCCUGGUCUUGAACUAGUAGGAUGUAGUCAUUAUAUCUAAUAUCUAUCGAAAUUAUGAGAGUAGUAACGAAAAAUAGUGAUAUAUGCAUAAAAUUGAAUAUAAAAUUUUAUAAAAUAUUUUUUAGUUAUGCUAUCUAUGUGAAUAAGUAGGAUUACAAAGAUUCUGGAUCCAAUUUUGUUAUAUGAAAUAUUUUUCAAAUUGUAAUUGCCGUGGAAAAAGAAUAAAGAUGUGGCGACAUACAUAGAUGAUUCCUUGGUCCCUCGUACUCAAUUUAAUACCAAUGGGUCCAUUUUCGAACAUGGCAGUGGUCCGGUCAAAUGAAUUACAUAUCCACCGCGGAAAGCCCCUUGCUUUUGUCAAUGGAAUCUUUGGGCACACUCAUUAUUAUAUGAUUAACCCUUCUGUCAAAUAGGCCCUGGGAGGAAAACAACACCUCCGUUCCCUUUCAAAUGAUCUUUAGGUUCUUACACGUAUUUGACGCAGAACAAGAAUUAGCAAAUGAAUACAUGCAACUAUGCAACUUAUAAGUUAUAACUGCAAAAAAUGGAACAGAGGAUUUCAUUUCUAAUGAAUACGCAUUGUUUCUUCAAGAAAUUCGUAUUCUGUUUAUUUCUUUUAAAAUUUUUUGGGGGUUAAUUCGUGAAUUGUAGUCCGUAGGUUUAAAAUUUGUGUGAUGGUCUGGAUGGCUCGUGGCUAUAGUGUGUACAAAGGUUGAUGAAAAAGAUUGGCGAACGAGUCUCAUACUCUCAUUAUCAAUGACCUAACUCCUGCUACAUGUUGCUAUCUAUGCAUAAAGCUUGUGAGUAGAUUCAAGAAAUAUCUUCUGUAGUUAUCAAGUUAUGCGGGUCAGGAAUCACCUCUGCAGCUCUGCUUCGUCUGUUUUCAAGUGCAAUACUGUGCUAGUUUCAUUUUUCUUGCUUUGCUCACUUCCACUCUUAAAUUUCCAAAUUUAAUUGCAUGCGUGCCAUAACCCUGCCAGGUACAAGCUGCUGCUCUUCUUACAUAAGUUUCUUUAAACUACAGUUAUAUAAUUAUCUUCUAACCUUUACUUCUGUGUAGUUUCGAAUGAACGGCCAUUCCCAUAUUUCAAUAAGAAACAUCUCUUCUCAGUGCUCAUGGUUCCUCGUCUCCCUCUCCGAACAUGGGUCACAAUACCAAUACGAAACAGAGUAGUUGUGUAUUGCUUGAUGCUAGCAAGUUGAAACAUACAUGUGUAUAGAAGUUGGGUUAUUUAGAUCAGUCGUACCCUUAUUAAGCACCUAACAAUCUGCUUAGAAGAUUUAGUUGUAGUCUCCUCGCCUCAUAUUUAUCAACAACAAAUGUUAAGUUAGUCAUUUUGCACUUACCGAAUAAGAUUGUAUUGUAAUUAAUACUCCCUCCGUCCCUUUUUA